AUGAAGUGCUUCUCCUGGAAUGUACGGGGCCUUAAUAGCGAUGCAAGGAAGCUAUCUAUUAAAAGGUGGAUUACCACUAAUCGUCCUAUUAUAGGAGGACUUUUGGAAACUCGUGUUCAGCAACAAAAUUUGGUUAGUAUGAUCAGUCAGAUUGCUCCUGGUUGGCGGUUUACUACAAACCACUCUCUAGAGGCAGAUAAUGGAAGGAUUGUUAUUAUUUGGGAACCUUUUCUAUCUGUGGUGGUUUAUCUCAAGACUUCUCAGUUGGUUUUAUGUGGAGUUCACAACCCUACUACAAACAAAGCGUUUACAGUUGCAUUCCUCUAUGCCAAGAAUAGAACCGUUGAGCGUGUACCCCUUUGGAAUCUUUUAAAGGAAUUGGCAGCUUCUUCUCUCCUUCAGAAUUCACCUUGGAUUAUUAUGGGAGACUUUAAUCAGGUCAUCUCUCUCUCGGAAGUCUACUCCCUCUUACCAGCCACCGUAUGUAUGCAGGGCAUGACUGAUCUUCAGGAAUGCCUUUCAUCAUCUGGUUUGUUUGAUUUAUCUCCUAAAGGAUGCUUCUUUACUUGGACCAACAAAAGUUCAACGAAUCCUAAGGCGAGGAAGCUUGACAGAGUGCUUGUGAAUGAGAAGUGGCAGGAUAUUUAUCCGGAUUCUAAUGCUUUCUUUGAUGUACCUGGUGGUUCUGACCAUUCACCGGCUCUUGUUACUUUGGAAAACGGCCUUGGUACUAGAAAAUCAAGGUUUAACUUCUUCACCUUCUACACUUCUCAUCCACAGUAUUCUCACUUGAUGGAGGUUGCUUGGAAUUGUCAGAUUAUUGCGUCUAGUCCGAUGUUUUCUCUAUACCAGAAGCUUAGAUCGGCUAAGCUUUGUUGCAAAGGUUUAAAUCAACGGAGUUUCAGUAAUAUCCAGUCUCGGACAAAGCUAGCUUUUGAAAAGCUUGAAAACAUUCAGAGGCAGGUUCUCAUUAACCCUUCUCAGAGUUUAUUUGAGGAAGAAAGGGUGGCAAGAGAUGAUUGGCUGCUUUUCUCUUUAGCAGAAGAAUCCUUCUUCCAUCAGAAGUCAAGAAUUCGGUGGCUCUCCAUGGGAGAUGCUAACACAAGGUUUUUCUAUCGAGUUGUUCAGGCUAAUUUAUCCAGGAAUAUUAUCCAUUUUCUAAGGGACGAGGCUGGCUUGAAAAUCACAGAUCCGGUGUUGAUAAAAGGAAUGGCCUCUCAAUUCUAUUUAGAUUUAUUGGGGACAGCUAAUGAUUUUGUAGCAUCGGGAAGGAGAUGUCUCUUCUGGCAUGAUAAUUGGACAACGCUUGGUCCCUUAAUUGACAUUACAAGUUCUAAUGGUCCUCGGGUUACUGGAAUUUCAUCUGCAUCAUCGGUUUUUCAGGCUCUUGAAACUGAUUCUUGGUUGAGGUCUAGAGGAAGGCAUCCUAUUUUGGUUUUGCUUAGAUCUUGCAUUCCAACUACUCCUCUUUUCUCUACUGAAGAUGAUUUAUAUCUCUGA